AUGCCCUUCAAGGUCGACACAACCGUUCUCCUCUACAUCAUAUUUAUUGUGGUACGAUAUUGGAGUUCCACCCUGGCGAUGACCUCUGGAGGGAUCAUCUCCUUGCUCCUUGGAGCGAUAUCUUGGGCUCGCACCACCGCACUACUUCUUCCCUUGCCGACAUGGGUUCCAGCCAUCGCAACCCUCAUAUCCCCGAUCAUGAUACUCACACCGAUAAUUACGCGAAUUCUUUCUACCCGUUUGAAUAACGAGACAGCUCGCAAUUACCGAUGGUCCACAAUACCUCGCAUACUCGAUCAGGUUCAAACAGUCAUAUCGACCAUUGUGGCCACAGUAGCACUUGCGUACCUCUUUCCUGACAGGAUUCUCUCAUGUAACCUAGAUCAACAAUGGCAGGAGUUCUUCAAGUCGAAGAAUUCACACGCUAUCCGGUCAAUCCAAGAUGAAUUCCGAUGUUGUGGUCUUCGAAGUGUUCACGACAGAGCAUGGCCUUUCAAGGACCGGAACCACGGGGACAAUGCGUGCGAGUUGCAACUGGGAUAUCAGAGGAGUUGCUUUGCCCCCUGGAGAGAGCACCAGCAUCGUACGUCUUGGAUGGUUUUUGCGGCAGUUAUUUUUGUUUUCGCUGCUAAGAUCGCUUUCAUUCGGAUUUCUGGGCGUCCGACAGGUUGGAUGAGCACACAAUCGCAAUCUGCCAGCCAGGGGGGGGGAUUACCAGCGUAUUUCACACCCAGAGGUGCAGGACGAAGGGGAUAUCGAGAAUGGUAUUCAUGA